AUGCUGGAAGCAAGGAGAGCGGAAGCCGCUACCGCAAACGCUUCUGAGAAAAGCUUCACGAAUAGCCUUUCCGCCGACGAAGCAUCCGUUCUAGACAAGCAUCUAGCAUUCUCGGCAUCACCCGGGUCUUUUUUUCAACUAUAUCGAUUUGCGACACGAAAUGAUAAAUCCAUCGUUUUCGUCUCGAGCCUAUGUGCAAUUGGUGGAGGGGCCGCCAUGCCUUUAAUGACCGACUUCAAUCGCCUCCUUGUGCAUAAUGUACUCUAUUUCAUUUACCUUGCCAUUGGAGAGUGUGUUUUAAUUUACAUCGCCACCGUUGGAUUCAUCUAUACAUCCACGCACAUCACUUCUACUGUCAGGAAGGAGUACUUUGCGGCGUUGUUACGCCAGAACAUUGCCUUCUUCGAUAAUAUGGGUACUGGAGAGAUUGGAACUCGCCUUACAGCAGAUAUGAAUCUUUUCCAAGACGGCAUCGGACAUAAAAUUGUUUUGACGUUGACCGGGCUUGCAAACUUCUUCACCGCUUUCGUUGUAGGAUUUGUGAAGUAUUGGAAACUGACCAUGAUUUGCUUUGCCAGCGUAUUUGCUAUCAUGUUGGUGAUAUCUGCCGGAGAUAAAUUGAUGGUGAAGUACAACCAGGAAGGUAUUAAAGCGUACGCGAAGCGUGGAUCUGUUUCUGAGGAGAUCUUGGGAUCAAUAUGGAAUGCGACUGCAUUUGGGACGGCGAACCGAGCUGGAAUCAUACAGAAGUCGGUGCUGGCGGUAAUGAUUGCGACCAUAAUGUGUCUGGUGUUCUUGAACUAUGGCUUUGCUUUCUGGAUGGGAAGUCGGUUUCUUGUUGACGGAAGCGUGGACGUCGCGGAUAUUUUGACUAUUGUUCUUGCAAUUAUCAUCGGAGCUUUCACGUUCGGCCAGAUCGGCUCGAAUAUUCAGGCUUUCUCUGCUGCUGUUGCCGCAUCGUCAAACAUCUAUGCCACAAUUGACCGGAUAUCGCCCCUGGAUCCCGGCUCGGCCAGCGGCGAUAUUCCUUGGGAAGUAAAAGGUGAAAUUCGAUUCAAAGAAGUGAAACACAUCUAUCCAUCAAGACAGGAUGUGGUAGUGUUGGAGAAUUGCAAUCUUCAUAUCGAGGCAGGAAAGAAGACUGCAAUUGUGGGGGCUUCGGGAUGUGGGGAAAGCACCCUAAUUAGUCUCCUGGAGCGAUUCUAUGAGCCUGUUGGGGGUACUAUUCUCCUCGAUGGGAUUGAUAUUAGUGCCAUCCAAAUGGGAUGGUUUCGCCAGCAAAUUUCUUUGGUUGAGCAGGAACCAAAGCUGUUUGAUGACACGAUCAUGAACAAUAUCAAGUUGGGAUUGAUUGGAUCUGCAUACGGCAAUGGCUCUGAGCAGCAGCAGGAGGAAAGGAUAAAAGAGGCAGCAAAAAAUUCUCAUGCACAUUACUUCAUCAUGCAGCUCCCAGAUGGGUACCGAACCCACGUCGGCAACUCCCUUCUUUCCGGUGGACCGAAGCAGUGGAUAGCUAUUGCACGCGCUAUUCCUACCUCGGCGUUGGACGGCAAGUCCAAAGGGGUGGUACAAGCAGCACUCGAGGAAGCUUCCAAGAACCGAACCACACUUAUUGUGUCUCAUCGGCAGUCGACUAUUGCGGAUGCAGACAUUGUCGCGGUGAUGAAAGAUGGGAUGAUUGUUCGGCAUGGCCCGAGAGAGGAGAUCCUGGAGACCUCCCGCCAAGAGCCCACCGAGGAUAUCACGCAGUCCUCGGCUGGAGGGUUGAGAAGGCACUCGCUUUGGACUUUAAUCACAUUCAUCGCCUCCUUCAAGAAAGCGGAGUCUCUUUUGAUGCUCUGUGGCCUCAUCUUCGCCAACACCGCCGGGGGAGGGCAGCCAGUUCAAGGAGUCUUCUUCGCAAAGUCCGCUGUAGCACUCUCGCGAGUAUUCUUCGCAUAUUGUUCCGAGGCCUUGAUCUUCCGAGCUCGUAGUCAUGUUUCCCGCACGCUCCUUCGGCAAGACAUUGCUUUCUUCGAUAAACGUUCGACUGGGACACUCACAUCUUUCCUCGCAACUGAGAUCACUCAUCUGGCUGGGUUGUCGAGCACAGCCCUCAGCACCCUUCUGAUGUCUGCUACUACUCUGAUUUCUGCCAUAGUCGUCAGCUUAGCAGUUGGGUGGAAGUUGGCUCUCGCACUAAGUCGAUUCGAAAGUGUGAUGCAGAAAUCUUAUACUGGGUCAGCUUCAUACGUAUCUGAAAAGCUGCACUUGAUUCGGACCACUGCCUCGUUGUCCAUGGAGCACCACGGACAAUGCGAAUACUCAGGCAUGCUAGCCUCGCAAGACCGAAAAUCACUGGUUUCAAACUUGAAAAUCUCGGUCUUGUAUGCUCUUUCGCAGUCUGUUAUCUUCCUGUGCAUUGCUUUGGGGUUCUGGUAUGGUGGUACCUUGAUUGGGAAUUCGGAGUACAGUCUCUUCCAAUUCUUUGUUUACUUCGCCGAAAUCAUCUUCUCCGUUCAGUCAGCAGGUGCUUUCUUCAGCUUCACGGGAGAUAUGGGCAAGGCGCAUCUUGCCGCUUUGGCCAUCAAAUGUCUGACGGAGCGUCAGCCAACAAUAGACAUUUGGAGAGACCAGGGCAAGAAAUCAGGUGGAGUUGGAGAUUUCGAGUUUCGAAAUGUUGGGUUUAAGGAUAAGAACAAAGAACGUACUUGGGUUCUCAGGCCACUAGAUAUUCGUAUCCAAAGGGCCAGUACAUUACGCUUCUUGAUUAUCUUUGGUCACGCUGGCGGCAAGAGCACUAUCUUUGGAUUAUUAGAGCGAUUUUAUGAUGUCUCUGAGGGAGAUAUACCUAUUGACGGCCGAAAUAUCAAGGAACUUGAUAUCAAAACAUACAGAUCGCGGCUCGCCCUGGUGUCUCAAGAGCCAAUCCUAUACCAAGGCAGCAUUCGAGACAAUAUUCUUUUUGGAUCGGAAAGAGAAGACAUAGCAGAUGAGGAGAUACAAAGGGCAUGUGGAGAGGCAAAUAUCUGGGACUACAUAACGUCACUUCCCGAAGGUCUCGCAAACGACUGCGGCUCCAAAGCUAUACUGUUACCCGACGAAGCUACAUCAGCAUUAGACAGAGAGUCUGAAGGCGCGGUUCAAGCCGUUUUAGAUAGAGCGGCGACUGGAAGGACUACGAUUGUGAUUGCGCAUCGAUUGAGUACGGUGAAGAGGGUAGAUAUAAUCACUGUUUUGGAGAGCGGGAGAGUUGGAGAAAGUGGCAAUCAUGACGAAUUUAUGGAUCUGGAGGGAAUGUACUGUGCUAUGUUGCAUAGGCAACAAGUUGAGGGAGCACAUUAG